GAAAGGAUAAUCAGAUUCGUUCAUGAUUGCAACCAGACACGGCCUGCCGCGCCCUCGGACGGAAAAAUACUCUCCCGGCCGGCGGGGAGGAGAGAUAGGUGUCGGUGGCCAAGAGACCUGCUGAGUAGCCUUGUAGGAACAUUGGGCUAUGGUGUUGAUGUGACCUAAAUGUAAACACAAAGACACUGCCCAGCGUAUCUACUUCCCUAUCUUGACCUGCCCAGGUAUCUCGACUCGCGGGCUUGUCUAUCCGUAUUUUCUACCACACCUAGUAAGGAAGAGAUUCAGGACGACAUCUCCCAUCAUGGGUUCCCACACCCCCGCUGCAGACCAACAACAACUACACCUGGUGAUCAUCGGCGGCGGCAUCGCUGGCCUCUCCGCCGCCAUCGCCACCACGCUCGCGGGCCAUCGCUGCACCGUGCUCGAGAAGGCGCCCGACUUCGCCGAGGUUGGCGCGGGCCUGCAGCUCACGCCGAACGGCACGCGGCUGCUCGCCGCCUGGGGCGUCCUCGAUCACAUCGCCCCGGCCGCGAUUGCGGACCCGCAAACUCUGACGGUGCGGCGCUUCGACGGCGCGCGGGUGCUGGCCUGCGAGGCGCAAUGGGCUGCCGACAUGCAGCAGCGCUAUGGCGCGCCCUUCUGGGAUGUCCACCGCGCCGACCUGCAGGCGGCCAUGCUGGCGCGCGCGAGGGAGCUGGGCGUGUGCAUCCGCUCGGGGGCCGAGGUCACGGGCAUCGACUUUGCGAGGGCUGUCGUGACCGUGAUAGCGACAGCGACGGUGGCAGGUGGGGGCGCGCCAGGGGCCCGCGAAGACGAGGCUCGGGAGGAGGAGGAGGAGGAAAAGGAGGAGCAAGUGUGUGGCGAUGUGGUGCUGGCUGCCGAUGGGCUCUGGUCGCGGGCGCGGGCCCUGUUCUUGCUGCAGGAGAGCUCGGAUCAUCCUGUGACUCCGCUGCCUACAGGCGACAUUGCAUAUCGGAUUGUUCUCAAGCGCGAAGACCUCGCCGGGGACACUGAGCUGGAAGAGUUGGUUGGCCGCCCGCAGGUAAAUUUCUGGGUCGGCGCUGGCGCGCAUGUCGUGGGAUAUUCGCUGCGUGCCGGCAACGAGUUCAACCUUGUGCUCCUGUGCCCCGAUGACCUGCCGCCGGGCUGCUCGAGGGCUCCGGCCAAUAUGGAUGAGAUGAAGGCACGGUUCCGCGGCUGGGAUCCAAUUCUUACGAGGUUUCUGGACCGGGUCAAAGCCGUCGAGAAGUGGAGGUUGAUGCACUUCUCGUCUCUGAAGAGGUGGAAUGACGGAGGUGGUCGGUUCACCAUGGCUGGUGACGCAUGCCACCCCAUGCUUCCAUAUCUUGCACAGGGUGCAAACUCGGCCAUCGAAGAUGGCGGGGUGCUGGGCCGGUUGCUGGGAUCUGCCAAGACGCGGGCCGAUGUCCCUCUUGUGCUGGAGCUUUAUCAAGCCCUGCGUAAAGCACGGGUUGAGGAGAUCGCAAAGCAGGCGCUUAAACAGAGAUUCUUCUUCCACCUUCCUGAUGGACCCUGGCAGGUGGAUAGAGAUCGAGUCUUGACGGGCGAGCAGUCUUUGCGCGGGGAAAGCCCAAGCCGAUGGUCUUGCCCGAUUGUUCAGCCGUGGCUGUAUGGGUACGACGCUAUUGCUGAGGCGGAUGAAGCUGUAAGAGGGACGCGUUUGGCGUAGUUGACGAGAGAUAGAGUUCUGUAACUGCUGUUAUUACCACAAACUAAAGUACUAACUAUGCUAAAAGAAGGUUUACACCUCCGAAAUUACAUCCGUACUCAGUACCUACCUAGUA